AAGUACGCAUGCGCGGUUAUUGUUGUGACAGCAGCGAGCAGCAGCGAGUCUAAGAGCCUUUCAGAAACAAAAAAAAAAAAAAGUGUACAUUCGUUGGUGUAUCCGUUUCAAUAUCAAUCAAUUUUGUGUAAUCUAAAAAAAUUCCAUUGUUCAAUAAAUAAAUAUUAUUUUGUCGUGCUAAAUACUUAAAAACAUCAUAAAAUAAUUAUAAAAAAUCACGAUAAUUAAUAAAUUUAGUGAUACUUUUUUUGCAAUCAUGAAAUUCCAGUACAAGGAAGAACAUCCCUUUGAGAAAAGAAAGGCGGAGGGCGAAAAAAUUAGACGAAAGUAUCCAGACAGAGUUCCUGUAAUUGUUGAGAAAGCACCAAAAGCUAAAAUCAGUGACCUUGAUAAACAAAAGUAUCUGGUACCUUCUGAUCUUACUGUAGGUCAGUUUUAUUUUUUGAUUCGUAAACGUAUUCAUCUACGUCCUGAGGAUGCGUUGUUUUUCUUCGUCAACAAUAUUAUUCCACCAACAAGUGCAACCAUGGGCUCACUCUAUCAGGAACAUCAUGAAGAAGAUUGCUUCCUUUACAUAGCCUACAGUGAUGAGAACGUUUAUGGACAUUAAAAAUAACCAGUUCUUGAGAAGAACAUUUAAUGUGAAAAAAGUAAAAAAAAAAAAAAAAAAAAGAUCAAUACAAUACAUAUGCAUAAAAAUCAAGAUAUAAAAAUAUAAAAAUAAAAAAAAAAAAAAAAAGCAUAAGUACAUAUUUGAGAUAUUUAGUUUUGCUUCAAAAUUUUAUUAUUAAUAACAUGAAUUUUAUUCAAAAAACAAAAAAAUAAAUGAUAAUAUUAUUAAUGAUUUAGGUAUUAUGUUAAUCUCACACAAAACUAUUUUAUAAAAACAAAAAAAAAAAAAUUUACAUUUGAAAUUAUUUUAAUAUUUAUAUCACAAAUAAUUUCAUUUAAUUUUUUUUUAUUGUUUAUUUUUGUUUUUUCUUUGAAUUUAUGCAAGCUGCAAUGCAUUAUUGAUGAUGAUAACUCGUGUAUUUGCGCGGCUAUCUGACUGGAAAAUAAAAAAAUAUAAAAAAAAAACAUUAUUUUAUUCCAGUUGGAUUACUAUUAACAUGGUAUAAUAUAAUAUUAUUAUAACAUAUAAAUUAGAGUGAUGAAAGGAACAACAAGUGAUGAUAUAUGGGA